AUGAAAUAAUUAUAGUAAUUAUAAUCAGAAGAAGAGAAGACAUACAAAAGGUUUUUUGUGGCAAAGAGUGUUUCUUAAGAACAUAGAAUAAAAAAUAAAGACUGCAAACCUAUUAACAUCUUUUUAUAAGUUAACGAUGAAUAUCUGUUAUAAAAUGGGCCAAAAUUUACAGAAAAUGGAGACAUAGUUUAACAUUCAAUAGUAGGUAAGUGUGAUUGGUUUAAUAAAUAAAAACUUGGUAAAAGAUUGUAAUUUGAUGAUUUGGCUUCUAAAUAAUUACCAUAUCAUAAAGGGUUAAUUAGAUAAGACACUGGAGAUAAAGGUUCAGCUCCAAAGAGUGAAUAAAAAAGCACAAAAUUUGGGAGUAGUGGGAAGUAAAAGAAAAAUCAUAAUAACAAUUUAACAACAAAAAAUCAAUUAAUAGAAGAAUUAAAUAAAAUAAAUUAGAGAAUAAAAACAAAUACAGAGAGUGAAAAAAGUAAAGUAGAAUAGGUAUAAAAUUGAUAUAAAUAAAGUUGGAACCAUAAUUAAGGAGAAUAUUGACAAAAGAAACUAGAGUAUUAAGUAAACAUGAGGAGACUGAAAAAUAUUGGAAUUAUUUUACUGAGAGAUAGGCUUGUUUAUUAAAUAGAGAAAGGAUUAAUUCUUAAUUAUUGUAAUCAGAAAAAUAUAAAUUAAAAAAUGAUACUGCAUAGGUAUUCAAUGUAUUGAACACAGAAUAUGAAAGAAUAGGAGCAAAUCAUUGGUAAAAAACAUUAAGGAGAUUUGAGAGUUCAAAAUAUAAGAAAAUAAAAGUAAGAGGAAGAGAAAUGAUAAUAGAAAAAGAAUAGAAGGAAGAUUUUAUAGUAGUAAAUAGUUUUUUAAUAAGGGUUCUGAUUUACCAAGAGCUUUUAGUGAAUAAUCUUUAGUAGGUAGUAGAUUAGAAUAUAUACAAAAACCAGAGGUUAAGAUUGUAAAUGAACCAUUAGCAUUUAAGAGUUUUAAAAGCAAUAAAUAUUUGCUUUAAAGAUUAGAUGAAACAUAAGAUUAUUUUUAAAGUUCAUAUAUGAUAUCUCCAGAUAAAAGAAAUGAUUUUCAUUAGUUGAUAAUUUUGGGAAAGAGUUAAUUUGAGAUUGAAAAAGAAAUGUUGUUAAAUGAUGGUGGAGACAGUACAGGAGUAUAUCGUAAAGAUAUAGAUAAACCUCCGGAUGAAUAUACAAAAGAAUAAAUUUAUGAACAAUAAUAUGCAAAUAAAGUUAAGUUAAUUCUACCAUAAUUAGGAAAUAGGAAAUAUAAAAAGUUAGGGCCAAUAAUUAAUUAGAGUGAGAAAUCUGAAAUGAGUGAUGAUUGGAUUGCUGAUGAAAUCCUUAAAAUCUGA